AUGAUCACCGAAGAGCAAAUCAACGAUCUUGUCCUCCAGCUUCAUCGUCUUCUUCCCGAACUUGGUAACAACAACAGACGCUCUGGAAAGGUUUCAGCAUCCAGAGUAUUACAAGAGACAUGCAGUUACAUAACGAACUUGAACAAAGAAGUGGAUGAUCUUAGCGAAAGAUUGUCCGAACUUUUGGAAUCAACUGAUUCAGCUCAAGCUGCACUCAUCCGAAGUUUGCUUAUGCAGUAA